CGCGGCGGGGACAGCGAUGGCAGCGGGCGGCGGGCUGAGCCGCUCGGAGCGCAAGGCGGCGGAGCGGGUGCGGAGGCUGCGGGAGGAGCAGCAGCGGGAGCGCCUCCGCCAGGUGUCGCGCAUCCUCCGGAAGGCGGCGGCCGAGCGCAGCGCCGAGGAGGGCCGGCUGCUGGCCGAGAGCGCGGACCUGGUGACGGAGCUGCAGGGCCGGAGCCGGCGCCGGGAGGGCCUCAAGCGGCGGCUGGAGGAGGUGUGCGACGACCCCGAGGAGCUGCGGAACAAGGUCCGGGAGCUGGCCGGCGCCGUCCGGAACGCCAAGUUUCUGGUUGUCUACACCGGCGCGGGCAUCAGCACGGCUGCCUCUAUCCCAGAUUACCGUGGUCCUAAUGGAGUGUGGACGCUGCUUCAGAAAGGGAGAAGCGUGAGUGCUGCUGACCUGAGUGAAGCUGAGCCUACCCUCACGCACAUGAGCAUCACCCGUUUACAUGAGCAAAAGCUGGUGCAGCACGUGGUGUCUCAGAACUGUGACGGGCUCCACCUUCGGAGCGGCCUGCCACGCACGGCCAUCUCAGAACUCCACGGGAACAUGUAUAUCGAAGUGAGCAGUCUCACGGGGAUGCAGGGCCUGAGUGCCAGGCAGGCCCCACUCACUGUGCCCUCUUGUUCUCAGGUCUGCACCUCCUGCAUCCCCAACCGGGAAUAUGUGCGCACGUUCGAUGUGACAGAGCGUACUGCCCUCCACCGGCACCAGACAGGCCGGGCCUGCCACAAGUGUGGGACUCAGCUCCGGGACACCAUUGUGCACUUUGGGGAGAGGGGGACAUUGGGGCAGCCCCUGAACUGGGAAGCAGCCACUGAGGCUGCCAGCAGAGCAGACACGAUCCUGUGCUUGGGCUCCAGCUUGAAGGUACUGAAGAAAUACCCCCGCCUAUGGUGCAUGACCAAGCCCCCCAGCCGGCGGCCCCGGCUCUACAUUGUGAACCUACAGUGGACCCCAAAGGACGACUGGGCUGCCCUGAAGCUUCAUGGGAAGUGUGAUGAUGUCAUGCAGCUGCUCAUGGGUGAGCUGGGCCUGGAGAUUCCCCUCUAUAACAGGUGGCAGGAUCCCAUCUUCUCCCUGGCGACGCCCCUGCGUGCUGGUGAAGAAGGCAGCCACAGUCGGAAGUCGCUGUGCAGGAGCAGAGAAGAGGCCCCGGCCGGGGAGCAACGGGGAGCCCCUCACAGCUCAGCGUCCAUCCGGGGGGGCUGGUUUGGCAGGGGCUGUGCCAAACGGGCAAAAAGGAAGAAGGCGGCGUGACCUGUUGCUGCGGGAAGAACAGUUGGCACUUUGCAG